UUAGGAAGAUGGCGGCUGCCCCGGUCUACUGUGUCUGCCGGCAGCCCUAUGAUUUUAACCGGUUUAUGAUCGAAUGCGACAUUUGUAAAGACUGGUUCCACGGCAGUUGUGUUCAGGUAGUGGAGCACCAUGCUGCUGAUAUCGAUGUUUAUCACUGUCCCAACUGUGAGCCCAUCCAUGGACCCUCCAUGAUGAAAAAGCGCAACAACUGGCACAGGCAUGACUACACAGAGCCAAAUGAUGGCACACUCCCCGUGCAGGCAGGAACUGCUGUGUUUGUACAGCAACUCCAGGCCAGGAGCUUUGCCAGUGGCGAUGAGAUUCUGCUGCCGAUGCAUGGGAGCCAGGUGACCCAAUGCUACCUGGAGAGGGAGGGCUUCCAUUACCCCAUUGUGGUCCAUGAUCUGGAUGGACUGGGGCUUAAACUGCCCCCUCCCUCGUUCUCUGUCAGCGAUGUGGAGCAUUACGUGGGUGCAAAUAAAGUCAUUGAUGUGAUUGAUGUCGCAAGACAGGCAGACAGCAAGCUCAAGCUGGGAGAGUUCGUGAAAUAUUACUACCAACCUGAACGACCAAAAGUGUUAAAUCUUAUCAGCCUGGAGUUCUCUGAUACAAAGAUGUCCAAUUUGGUGGAGGUUCCUGAAAUUGCGCAGAAGAUGUCCUGGGUUGAGAACUACUGGCCUGAUGACUCGUUCUUCCCCAAACCAUUUGUGCAGAAGUAUUGUCUCAUGGGAAUGAAAAACAGUUACACAGACUUCCACAUCGAUUUUGGAGGAACUUCAGUGUGGUAUCAUGUUCUCUGGGGAGAGAAGAUUUUCUACUUGAUCAAGCCGACUAAGGCUAACCUUGCACUAUAUGAGUCCUGGAGCUCAUCACCCAGUCAGAGCGAAGUAUUCUUUGGGGAUAAAGUCGACAAGUGUUACAAAUGUGUGGUGAAGCAGGGAACUACCAUCUUCCUCCCCACUGGUUGGAUCCAUGCAGUGCUCACUUCUCAGGAUUCCAUGGCGUUUGGUGGGAACUUCUUGCAUAACUUAAACAUAGGCAUGCAGCUCAGGUGUUAUGAGAUGGAACGCAGACUGAAGACUCCAGAUCUCUUUAAGUUCCCCUACUUUGAGGCCAUCUGCUGGUAUGUGGCCAAAAACCUUCUGGAGACCCUUAAAGAGCUGCGGGAGGAUAAAUGUCAACCUCGGGGUUAUCUAGUGGACGGGGUGAAAGCUUUAAUCUCAUCACUGAAGACGUGGCUGAGGAGGGAGUUAACUCAACCCAACAGUGAGGUUCCAGACAAUAUCAGGCCAAGCCGUCUCAUUAAAGCUCUGACCACAGAGAUCCGCUACCUGGAGGAUGAAUCGAAUAAAGCUGAAAAAUCUCAGGGAAGUGCUGAGUGGCCUUUAACACGCUCAUCACUGGAGAAAGGAUAUCAGGUACAGCGGGCCGCUUGGCGGCUACGAGACCAUCAUCAUCAUCAUCAUCACAGCCGCAGACUGCCCUCUAACUUGGAUGUCUUGGAGCUUCACACACUGGAGGUUCUCCAUAGCGUCACCUCUCAUCUCUUGUAACAGGACCCAGACUUCAGCUCCAAAGUGAAUGGCAAGUUCAAGAAAGUGUCUUCGGUGUCUGCAGUAGCUGUUGAGGGUAGUCAUGACAACGCCCUGCGCCUGGUGCUGUGUAAUGGCAAAAUUAUGCGGGAGAGGUUCUCUAUCAGUAAUGUGGCAGCCAAAGAGAAUGGAGUGGAAAUGUUGCAGUAUCAUCAACACGGGAUCAAAUUUGAAAGCCUGCUGAUGUGCCCACAAGAAAAAGUGAAAAAAGAAAAGCGAGAGGAUGAAUUAAGAGUACACUGCACUAUCAAGAAACCAGUCAAUCACGGUCUAACUGAGCAGACAGAACUCAGGACAGAGUCGCCACAUGUAGAGUCUUCAGACAGUGACUCAGAGUCAGAAGCAGAAGAUUCUGCUGAGAAACGCUCGGAGUCAGAGAGUUCUGAGGAAGAGGAUGGAGGAAGCAAGCGAGACUCAGGGAGUUUUGUGGAGCAUCUGAGCGGCCGGCCGCACGGCCACCAUAAGCAAGCGCUAAAACGAGAACGUCCUACCUCACCGAGCACAGCUGAUGCCAUUCAGGGCAUGCUGUCUAUGGCGGGGCUGCUGUGUCAGCAGGCAUCAGCAGGGGGCGAUAUUUUACAGCAGCACUGGUGGUCCAGUCAGGGUAACGGUAACAGCAACAGCAGCAGUGAUGCGUGGGACAGCAGUGAACCCUGUUCGGCACCCCGCAGCCCAGAGGGAGAGGAUGGGAGUCUCAGAGAGGAAUAUUCAUAUAGAGAGAGCUCACUUUCUCCUCCCCUCCACCCCUCCAAAAGACACACCCCCAACCCCACACCUAUCAGCAACCAGGCCACUAAAGGAAAGCGUCCUAAGAAAGGACAGGCGACAACUAAACAGAGGCUUGGGAAGAUAUUGAAAAUGAGCCGCCAUAAAGGCUUAUUCCUGUAGCAUGAUGACGUGUAAUAAAUCAACACAGCUGCUUUUCUUUAUACGCUGGGACUAUUAUCACACACACACACACACACACACACAGUUCUCUUACUGUGCAUGUUUAGGUGACAGGGUAUGUUUAAUGGCUCACUUGUUUUCUUUUUCACAAUUCACACAAAAUACAACACGUUAUCCAUCAGCGUAGGGAAAAACUGCUUUACUUUGGACAACAUUUCAACAUUAACAGCCAAAAGUUUCAAGAGGAAGCACAGAAACGGAUGGUCGGAGGUCCAGAGAGCAGCGUGUAGGAAAACGAGCCGCAAGUGUGUAUCACGGGCUGAGGCCUCUCCUCUCCCCUCCCCCACCCUACCUCUUACCACAUCUGUAGCAUGAGUGUCCAGGCGCUCGCAGGCUAAGGACAUCUUCCUAGCCCUCUACAGCCUGACACUGUCCUUCGGAUUCCCCUCAAGUCAUUAUCAAUCUGCCUAUUUCUCUCUACUUUGAUUGUCUCAGGCUGAUGUGUGAGCUUUGGAAAUGGUGCUGAACAUUUAUAAAUCCGUCUCCAGUCCCCUCUGCCCCUUUAAGCAAUAAUUGUACAGCAGUGAGUGAUGUAUUGAUGAUUUAGUGGUCCUUACUUUUAGGAUGCACAGGAAGUCCUCUCAUAGUGGAAAGUAUUGGUCAUAACAGUACAGCCAUCAAAAGAAAUCAAAAAGUGGCAAAGAUAAAAAAAACUACAUGAUUUUCUUUGAUUUAACAGCGUUUAUACUACAUUUAUUCUUGGGUGGACAUAAAUAGGUGAUUUAAAGGAAUAUUCUGGGGUAUUUUUUUAUAUAAAACGUUCAAGUUCUUCUCAUUUUGUAAAAACAAAACAUUAGAUUUAAAAGAUGUUUUUACAUUGCUAGUCUGGCAAUCCUUGUAUUGCAGGUGCAUCAGAUGUUGUCAACCUUUUUUGUAUUUUUUUUUUAUUCCGAAAGCUAGCGAAAUAUUGCUUUCACACUGGGAAAAUUGAGGAA